CCUUUUAAAGUAGCCUUCAUCUCCAGCCCGGAGGGCAUCGCCUCGUCUGCCUUGCACAAAUCCGGAUGCCAACUUAAAACCCUAACACCCUAACUCUAAAAUAUUUGGCUUUUCGCCGCUUCCUUCCUCCGUUGUUUUUCUUCUUUGCAUUGGUUUUGCUCACCUAUUCUUUUGAAUUUCCAAUAUAUUUGUAUAAAUGGUUAGAAAUUGUUGUUAGGCUCAAGGAAAUGUGUUUGAAAUUGUUUUUCUCCUCUUUUUUUCAGAUAGAAAUUCCUUGUUUUUUGUUUGUUUAGGAGCUUAGAAACAAGCCCGUUCAUGACCUGGGCAUUGCCCGAUUCCGCAUUCUACCGAAUCGAGAAACGAUAUAGAAAACCAUGUCGUUCGAUCUGACUAGAAAAGAGCCCCAACAGCCAACGCCCCCGAGCGCUGGUUGUAACGGAAACGGUGUGGCGGUGUUGCCGAGCAUGGCGACGGCGCACCGGCUACGGCUGAACCCUAAUACGGAGCACAAGCCGGAGACCUACGAGGGUUUGCAGUUGGAGUUCAGUCCACUUCUGUUCAGCUCCCUGGAACGUUACUUGCCUCCUCCGAUGCUCUCACUCUCUCGCGACUCCAAGCUUAAUUACAUGCGCGAUAUUAUCCUUCGUUACUCUCCAGAAGGCGAACGUACUCGCGUUCAAAGGCAUCGAGAAUACAGGCAAAAGAUUAUAUCACACUAUCAGCCGCUGCAUAGGGAGUUGUACGCCAUGCAUGCCUCUAACUUCUUUGUCCCCUCAUUUCUCAAAGCAAUUAAUGAGAAUAAAGAGGAAAGUUUUCGAAGUAUAAUGGCAGAGCCUGCUCUUGGGGUUUUUACAUUUGAAAUGCUUCAACCCCAUUUCUGUGAAUUGUUGUUAUCUGAGGUAGAAAACUUCGAAAAAUGGGUCCAUGAAACAAAAUUCAGAAUUAUGCGUCCAAACACAAUGAACAAAUUUGGCGCUGUUUUAGAUGACUUCGGUCUGGAGACCAUGCUUGAUAAGUUGAUGGAGGACUUUAUUCGACCUAUUUCCAAAGUUUUCUUUUCUGAUGUGGGUGGAUCUACGCUGGAUUCUCAUCAUGGUUUUGUUGUUGAAUAUGGAAUUGACAGGGAUGUUGAGCUUGGUUUCCAUGUGGAUGAUUCAGAAGUCACCUUAAAUGUUUGCUUGGGUAAACAAUUUUCUGGAGGAGACUUGUUCUUUCGAGGUGUUCGUUGUGAUAAACAUGUCAAUACAGAAACCCAGUCAGAUGAAAUUUUGGAUUAUUCCCAUGUUCCAGGACGUGCAGUUCUUCAUCGCGGGCGCCAUAGGCAUGGUGCAAGAGCCACAACAUCUGGUCAUCGGGUCAACUUACUUUUGUGGUGCAGAAGUUCGGUCUUUCGAGAGCUGAGGAAAUAUCAGAAAGAUUUCUCAAGCUGGUGUGGAGAGUGCCAACGCGAGAAAAAAGAAAGGCAGCGUGUUUCAAUUGCUGCUACGAAACAGGAAUUACUGAAGAGGGAAGGAAAACCUCCGACUUGAAGUGUGUCUAUUUUUAAACAAGUUUUUGCUUGUGGAAAUUGUAAAAUAGUAGGAUUCUUGUCAAUGUGACACAAGCAAAGCUAUUUUUCUUAUUUUGUUAGUGAUGUGCACUAUUGCCAAAAAAUUGGGUGGGUAAAGAUGGAAGGGUGAAUGGUCUUGUGUGUCUUCAUUGUGCUUCAAUGCUGUACAUACACAUGUUGUCUUGGGUGUCCAGUUUAUGAGACAGCUACAACUGCAACUGAACUAUGUUUUUAAGAUAGUGGCACUAGUUUUUUUCUGUUGUUGGUUC